GGUGGAUGUGCUGGGUGAAGCGAGCGGGGCAUUGCUUACAGACAUACGGCCGUUCGCCCGAGUGAAGACGCAGGUGUGUCUUCAGGUUACUGCUGCUGCUGAAACGCCUGUUACACACCUGCGCAUAAGACACGGCACAUCUCUUAAAUAUCUCAUUUGUUUCUUUUAGAUAGCAGUUAAGUUGAAUGAAGAGCAAACUGAACUGAAUAUAUAUUUAUUUAAAAAAUGUUAAUAAUAGAAGAAAAAUGUGAUAUAAAGACACAUAACUCCAUUAGCAAGCUGAAAGAGCUUACAUGGCAUUCAUGAGGUUUUUCUCCUGUGUGAACCAGUGUGUGUUUCUGAAGAUGAGCUAGUUGGGAAAAGUUUCUUUUGCAGGUAACACACCGGUACGGUUUCUCGCCGCUGUGAACUCUCAAGUGUACCUGAAAAUUUGAAAGAUGUAAAUACAAGAAUGAAAGGCAUGAUAUCCCAUUGUCUGGCCCGGUUUCACACAUGGAUCCUGGGAGCCUGGGGUGUCAUGGUGGGCGGAGCUAGAGGUGCGAGCAGCCACACCCACCUCAGGUUCAUGUUUAGAUGGGAGGCUGUAACUUUCUUUAAGAAGAGGUGGAUUGGGAAAACUGUAGUCAGACUCCAGGAUCUCAGUGAUGAUGUGAUGUCCGUGGAUGUCUGACGGUGUGUCUUCAGAAUCUCCCUGCAGCGGGCCAAACCGUGUCCCUGCGGGAACCUCUGUUGUAGUACAAACACCCUGAACCUUCUACCAACACAGAAACACCAAAACCAGUGUGUGUGGGGGUUACCAUGACAACAGAAGAUGCUGAUGAUGAAUCCAUGGCUACACAGAAUUACGCUGACAAAUCGAUGACUAUCAUGGCUGUAAAGUUCCUGAUCCGUACAGCUGGCUGGAGGAUCCUGACAGUGAAAAAACACAGGCAUUUGUGAAUGCUCAGAAUCACUUGACUCAGCCGUUUCUGGAGCAGUGUGAGGUCAGAGACGUCUUUAAGGAACGCAUGACUGAACUCUACGACUAUCCCAAAUACAGCUGCCCCUUUAAACGUGGCGACAGAUACUUUCACUUUUAUAACACUGGUCUUCAGAACCAAAGUGUUCUGUACAUGCAGGAGAACCUUGAUGCAGAACCCACCGUCUUCCUGGACCCAAACACCUUCUCAGAAGACGGGACAGUAGCUUUACGAGGUUAUGCGUUCUCUGAGGAUGGCGAGUACCUGGCGUACGGCACCAGCGCGAGCGGUUCUGAUUGGGUCGAGAUGAGGUUCUUGCGAGUGGACGGUGCUGAACCUCUAGAGGACAAACUGGAGAGAGUGAAAUUCAGCUGCAUGUCCUGGACUCACGAUGGGAAGGGACUGUUUUACAACUCUUAUCCCGAGCAGGAUGGAAAGAGCGACGGUACUGAAACCUCCACCAACCUGCACCAGAAGUUGUACUAUCAUGUUUUGGGAACCCCUCAGUCUCAGGACGUUCUUUGUGCUGAAUUUCCCGAUGAGCCGAAAUGGAUGAGUGGUGCUGAGGUGUCUGAUGAUGGGCGGUUUGUGUUGUUGUCUAUCCGAGAGGGCUGUGACCCCGUCAACAGAUUGUGGUACUGUGACCUGAACGCUGUGCCGCAGGGAAUCACAGGCUUGUUGCCGUGGGUGAAGCUGAUCGAUAACUUUGAUGCGGAAUAUGAAUACGUGACAAAUGAAGGAACCGUCUUCACUUUUAAAACCAACCUGGACGCGCCACAGUAUCGUAUCAUCAACAUUGACUUUGACCAGCCAGCCACCAGCCAAUGGAAAGAGCUCAUUCCUCAACAUGAGAAAGAUGUCAUCGUGUUUGCUACCUGUACAUAUUCCCGCUUCCUGUUUGUGUGUUUCCUCCACGAUGUGAAGAAUAUGUUAAAGAUGUUCCAUCUGUCUUCGGGGGAGGAGAUACGCACGUUUCCGCUGGACGUCGGCUCGGUCAUGGGCUUCACCGGGCGAAAGAUAGACUCUGAGAUCUUUUACAGCUUUACUUCCUUUUUGUCUCCAUCCAUCAUCUUUCACUGUGAUCUGACUAAAGACCCCUUGCAGCCGAACGUCUUCAGAGAGGUCAAGGUGAAGGGCUUCAAUCCUGCCGAUUAUCAGACCACUCAGGUGUUUUAUCCUAGUAAAGAUGGCACACAGGUCCCCAUGUUUAUCGUCCACAAAAAAGGACUCGAGCUGGAUGGCUCUCAUCCAGCCUUCCUGUAUGGAUAUGGAGGAUUCAACAUUUCCAUCACUCCCAGCUACAGUGUUUCUCGGUUGAUAUUCGUCAGGAAUCUGGGAGGGGUCUUAGCUGUCGCCAACAUCAGAGGAGGUGGAGAAUACGGAGAGACGUGGCAUAAAGCGGGGAUGUUGGCCAAUAAGCAGAACUGUUUCACAGAUUUCCAGUGCGCAGCUGAGUAUCUGAUAAAGGAGGGCUACACUUCACCCAACAAACUCACCAUCAAUGGAGGGUCCAACGGGGGUCUGCUCGUGGCGGCGUGUGUGAAUCAGAGGCCUGAUCUUUUCGGAUGCGCUGUGGCUCAGGUCGGCGUCAUGGACAUGUUAAAGUUUCAUAAGUUCACCAUCGGACACGCGUGGACCACUGACUUCGGCUGCGCUGAAAACAAAGAGCAGUUUGAUUGCUUACUCAAGUAUUCUCCGCUUCAUAAUAUCCAGAUUCCAGAAGGCGAUGGGGUUCAGUACCCUGCUGUACUGUUGUUAACCGGUGAUCACGAUGACCGCGUGGUGCCGCUGCACUCAUUAAAAUAUAUCGCCACUCUGCAGCACACAGUCGGUCGCUGGUCCGGCCAAACUAAUCCCGUCUUUAUCUACGUGGACACCAAAUCGGGCCACGGCGCUGGAAAACCCACCAGCAAAGUCAUUCAGGAGGUGGCAGACAUGUACGCCUUUAUCGCUCGCUGCCUGAACCUCAAAUGGCAGGAAUGAAAGAAACAUUAUGAGGUUGUUUGUCUUAACAGGUUUGUUUAUUCUAGUUUGUAUCCUCCGGAUUAUUGAAAUAAUCCUUUUUCUUGAUCUUGGUCUCUCAAACUCGACGGUUGCAUUAUUUCACGUUACACUACUUUCAUACUAAAACCUGGUCUGCUUCUGUGACCGAUCAUAUUUUCUGUUACCAUAUGUUAUGGCUGUGUAUGACCUAUAUUGAGCUUGUACCAUUGUUAGGAAAUAUUAUAAUUGGUGAAGUUGGAAGGGUGAUGUGUCAUAACUUCUGGAGCACUUUAAUAAAACUCUAUUUAUUUGACGACAGGAAGACAUGAACGGUCAGAUUACUGCAUAAUUUCAGUUAUACACAACAAGAAAUCACUUUACAGUAUUGCAACGAACGGACGAGUGAACGAAUGAACGAACGAACUAUUAACAUCAAUUUGUUUCUACCUCCACACUUAUGCCGAUUGUUUUUUAAAGGGAAAUGCAAACAGAAAUAAUCUUGUACAAUAAAAAAAACUUGUCAAGAAUUUGUUGUUCAGUG